AUGGUUUUACCCAACUAUUUGAGUCGUUUGAACAACAAAUAUUUAUUAAUUUAUAUGCUCUUUAUGUCUCUGACUAUCUUCAUCUAUGCAUCUUUCGUCAACUCACCUCACAACUUUCUAUCAUUCGUUCUAUCAUCUCAAACAACUGUCACGCCUACCACAACUACGACCACCCUCUCUUCAUCCACAUCGACGUCGCCAUCGACAUCUAGAACACCGACUUGCACUCCAUUUACUAUACCAGACUCUCGACCAUUCUUUGAGCAAGAACACUCUCAAGUAAAUCUACUCCCAAAACUAUCAAACUCAUCCUAUGAACAAGUAGUUCAACAACUACGAUCUCUUCGACUGAUCGUCGUCGGAUGUGCUCGUAAUGUCGAGGCAAAUAUCGAUAAAUACCGAACUCAUGUAGACCAGAUCGUCGAUCUUUUUCAUCCAUCAUCUCGUGUAUUGAUAUUCGAAAGUGAUUCCACUGACAACACACUUGCGAAACUGCAGAACUGGACAAGAGCAGAAGUGUUCGCACAAGGAAAUCUAGUUCCACAAAUUGCAUCUCGUACGGAUCGACUCGCUCUUUGUCGCAACACACUUCUGACGAAAGCAUACAACUACACACCUGAUUACAUCUUGGCUACAGAUGUCGACAUGUUUUCGACUACUGUUUCUUCGUUUCUGUCGAACUUUUAUUACAACAGAGAUGACUGGUCGGUGAUGACUGCAUCCGUAACUGGUGGGUAUUAUGACAUAUGGGCAUUGAGAACACUAUCGGAUAAUGUAAUGAACUAUGAUGUCUGGCAUCGCAUAUGGCAUUUGCAAAAUAUUCAGGGCAAAUACUGUAAUCAUAAUUUUGUGGAUUUGAUUAUUGGUACUCAUCAGAAACAUAUUCCCGUCGAACGCGAUCUGAUAGAAGUACGCUCUGCUUUUGGUGGUGCUGGCCUAUACAAGGUGAAUUCGACAUAUGGAUGCAGAUAUGAUGGUAGUAGGACAACUUGUGAACAUGUUCCGUUUCAUCUGUGUAUGCGAGAGAAGAAUCGAGCAAGAAUAUUUAUUAAUCCGAGGUUUUUACUUCGUUAA